UGUGGUCAAGUUUUCAUUGAUGGGGAAAGUAUUUGUUCAUAUAAUGGCAGACGAUUUGUUGUAAUGGAGCCAUUAGAUGGUAAUGCGAGCUGAAGCCAGCCAAUAAAUUUAUCCUUAGGCCCACAGGUAUACAGCAGCUCAGUUCUACUUCAACUUAUAGUUGCAUUCCUCAGCUGUAGCCAUGAAGAUCCUGCAGGAUUUAGAGGGCGUAGCCAGGCCAACGCAACUGUGUGCCCUGUUGCCCUUCUUCAAUGGCAAUCAGGCAGAUAAUUUCAGCAUUAGUGCGACGGGUAAACUUUAUGGACGUGUUAUAGCGUUGAUCCUGCUGGUCAGUUCGGUUAUAUUCUGCCAGGACGUAUUGUUCGCCUCAGAGAAUUACAAGCUGAUGGUCCAUUCGCAAGGCGAAACGGAGGACAUCAACAGGACCAUUGAAACGCUCUUCUGCAUCGUUAGUUAUACGAUAAUUGUGAUAUCCAGUGUUUUGAAUGCCUCCAAACACUUUCGUACCAUACGAGACCUCUCCAUGCUCGAUGGCUAUCUCGAGGCGCAUGGCUAUACGGGUAGCUAUAGCUGUCGAUAUCUGGGCAGCCUAUUGAUCUUCGCCUCGGCGAGCGUUGUGGUGGUCGCCUUCUAUUAUAUACACUAUCUGAGCGAGAUUGAAGUGAGGAGGCAGUGCAUCUUAAUGUGGAUCUAUAGCCUGCAGAUGCUCUACUCCUGCAUGUUUGCCAUCUAUCUGCGCAUCGUACUCAAAUGCCUGGCAUUGAGAAUCGAAUUCCUUAAUGCACGACUCGAGCAGUUCACGCAAAAGGAUCGCGAGCAAUAUAUUAAGGACGAUUGGUGUGAAUUAUCGAAUCUUAUCGAGAUCCUUUGCAAAUUCCGUUACAUAACGGAGAACAUAAAUUCGGUAACGGGCGUCGCUUUACUUUUCUUCUUCGGCUUCUCAUUCUACACGGUGACCAAUCAGAGCUAUUUGGCCUUCUCCACGUUGACGACGCCCGAUCAACUGCGCAAGGAGCACGACACGAUGGGCUUGUCCUGCGCCUGGGUCCUGGCAGAGACAGCCAUAAUGACAGUCAUAUGCAGCUCCUUCGAUUGCCUGGCCUCCGAGGCUAAUACUACAUCCCAAAUAUUGGCGCGCGUAUACGGCAAGAGCAAGGAAUUUCAAAAUAUCAUUGACAAGUUUCUAACUAAGAGCAUUAAACAGGAGGUACAAUUUACGGCAUAUGGUUUCUUCGCCAUAGACAACUCAACACUCUUCAAGAUCUUUUCAGCUGUUACGACAUAUUUGGUUAUUUUAAUUCAAUUCAAACAGCUGGAGGACUCGAAAUUGGAGGAACAAGAAACCGCUUAAAUUUCCAUUUAUAUACUGUUUAAUUUUAUUA